GAGUCAUACAUCAACCACUGGGUGUGUAUUUAAUGUUCCUCUGAGUUUCUUCACCAAAAUCGACAGAAAAAAAGUGUAAAAAAAAACACAAGGGAAGAAAAAAACAAGAACAACAUUGAUUUCUUCCCACUAGAGAAAUGGAAUUCAUUUACGAAUCCUAGAAAUUCCAUUCAGAAGAAGAGCUCCUUCCUCCCCACGCCCAUAAACCAGAAGCCCAAAAUUCUUCUCGCUCUAUACCAGUUUAGCCAUGGCAAUGUUAAAAACCUUAGCUUUCGUCGUUGUCUUUAUCGAAAUCUUUGGAAUCAUAGCUGCUGACGGAAAUCCCUCGUUUACGUUUAAUGGGUUCGGAGAAACUCCCAGCUUCGACGAGGAUAUCGCUCUGUUUGGUGAUUCGAGGGUCAUCCAUGGCGGUUCUUCGAUCCAGCUCACUGACUCGGUGAGUCGGAGCGAGGGACGAGUCAUUUUCAGAAAACCCAUCAAGCUGUUUGGAGAUAAAGAGAGAAAUUCCGGCUCUUUUUCGACUAGUUUCUCGUUUUCGAUGUCCAACAAGAUUGGUGGUGUCUUGGCUUUUGUCAUGGCUCCAAAUGGUCUGGAUCUAAGAUUGUCUGGUAGUAAGGAUAAUAGUUCCUCUGUUCUAGGGUUUCUCUCACGAGACGAUCACGACGAGAUCGAAGCUGUUGCUGUCGAGUUUAGGUCCUCCAAGAAAGGUAGUCGUGCAGCUAGAAUCGGAAACUUAUCAUCUUUCCAUGACUUCAAAUGGAGCAAUGGAGAGAAAUUGCGUUGUUGGAUCGAUUACGAAGCGAGUUCGAAGAGAAUAGAAGUUCGUUCGAGUGAAUCUGGCGCCACGAAGCCAGUUGAUGCAAUGAUAUCAUACUCCAUUGAUCUGUCCAAAUUAUGGAAAGAUGGGAAAUUAAUGGUGGGUUUAAGCUCCAAGAACGGGAAGAACUCUUCACAGCCGCAUUUCCUCCAUUCAUGGAGCUUUGACUCGAGGCCUUAUCCAGCGUGGAUGCAUUCGCAGCCGCUUGAUCCGAGCGAAGUUGUAAAGGCAGAAGAGAAGGGCAUAGUGGGAAGAAUUCACAGGAAAAGUCACUGCGUUUGGAGAAUGGGCAGUGCAUUGAUUUUCGGCGCAGUGUGUGGUGCCUUGGCUGCAAUUUUGGCGCUAUGCUUGUGGCCGAUAUGCAGAGGCAGGCGGCCAAUGGCCGUGGUUCCUGAGGAAUGUAGUGUGAAAUCAAUGGAAAUUGUGGUUGUAGAUAAAGUGGAGGCAGGUGAAGAAGGCAAUAAGAAAUAGGUUUUCGAAGUUUUGGUUCUUGGAAGGUUGUGUGUUGGGCAUUUUCUUCUUUCUUAGUGGCUGCAGGUUUUUUGUUGUGAAUUUUGGUUAGGGCGUAAAAAGGGCCGACCCACUCCGGACUGGUCCGGAUCUCGGAAUUUUUUUAGCCUA